AAGUUCUCCGCUCGUAUUUUAAUUUACUGACGUGAAAAUGGUGUGUAGGCGAAGCUGCGCUUUGUUCGCCUCGCUUUGCGUUCUGAGUACGAGGUUUUCCAGCUUCAGCAGCCGAGGAAAUGAAGAGAAAUAAUUAAGUCUGUGUCUUAUACAGUGCAGGUCGGCACCCUUUUCCCCCCGUACCGGAAUGACGCAGCUGGGCGCCGUCGCCUCGGUGGUCCUGGGUGUGGUGGUGGCGGCUCUCUACUCCACCAUACACAAGAUCGAGGAGGGUCACACUGGAGUUUAUUACAGGGGAGGUGCUCUUCUCACCACCACCAGUGGUCCUGGGUUUCACCUCAUGCUGCCCUUUAUUACCUCCUUCAGGUCUGUGCAGACCACCCUACAAACAGAUGAAGUGAAGAAUGUGCCUUGUGGUACAAGCGGUGGGGUCAUGAUCUACUUCGACCGAAUAGAAGUUGUAAACUUCCUUGUUCCUACAGCUGUGUACGACAUUGUGAAGAACUUCACCGCAGACUAUGACAAAGCUCUAAUUUUCAACAAAGUCCACCACGAGCUCAACCAGUUCUGCAGUUCUCACACUCUGCAGGAGGUCUACAUUGGCCUUUUUGAUCAGAUUGAUGAGAAUCUGAAGCUGACGUUGCAGCAGGACCUGACCGCUAUGGCUCCUGGCCUUAUUAUACAGGCUGUCCGAGUCACAAAGCCCAACAUUCCCGAGAGCAUACGGCGGAACUAUGAGCUCAUGGAGAGUGAGAAGACAAAGCUACUGAUUGCAGCUCAGACUCAAAAAGUGGUGGAGAAGGAGGCAGAGACUGAGAGGAUACGAGCUGUGAUUGAGGCUGAAAAGCUGGCUCAGGUGGCUGAAAUCAAGUUUGGUCAGAAAGUCAUGGAGAAGGAAACUGAGAAAAGGAUAUCUGAGAUUGAAGAUGGAGCCUUCUUGGCACGAGAGAAGGCGAGAGCAGAUGCAGAGUAUUACAGAGCCCACAGAACAGCAGAGGCUAAUAAGUUGAAGCUCACCCCGGAGUACUUGCAGCUAAUGAAAUUCAAGGCCAUUGCAGCCAACAGCAAGAUUUAUUUUGGGAGAGACAUUCCACAUAUGUUUGUGGACUCGGGACCUGGUGGGGCCACUUCUGGGGCCUCCUCAGAAACGGACAUCUCAGAGAACUCACUUGAUUGAAGCACAGUGGUCACCGAGGGCUGGGACAGCAACCAAGCAACAGCUGGGGCAGCUCUGGGGCCUCUGUUACAGACAGCAUGGACAAUCACAGGCGAGAAUGUAGCUUCCAUGACUAUUUCUUCUAAAUGCUGCACUUAGGUCACAUCUUUUAAAGGUUGUCUGAGCACCACAUGUCCAUACCUACAUGUAGGGGAGUUGGUUUUCUGCUGCAGUGACGAGUCCCUUCAUGCUGUUGGUUGAUGUUCUGCCCUGAUCAAGGUACACUAUUUAGUAUAAGAUUGCUCUACUGCAGGAAAGAAUUGUUCACCUCCCUGUCUUUCUGCUGACGCUAGAAUAUCUCUGUGUGGAUCAGAUGUACUGUAUGAUGUGUAGCUGUUGUAAUCCUCACAAAAACUUCACUUUGGUGUGUUAACGUGAUGUGCAUUCAUGUUUUUUAUUUGAGUACAUCUCGAAAUUUAAAACUAAAUCUACAAAUGAAAAAGUAUUGAUUAAAAAGCUAACAUCCAUAAUCAAAAUAGCUGUGUUGACAUGUUCUGUAGCAAGACUUAAUUAGGAAAUAUUGAUGAGAAUAAGAUUUGAUUAAUUACUCAAAUUUGAAACUUUGCUGUUGCAAUACAUUUCUUCUAUUUGUUCCAGUAACACCCGUCUCAUAAAUUAGCUUUUGAAAUGGGGAAAUUUGUGUUUAGGUUCACAUCUUUUUUUUUUGAAACUGAUGAAAGUGAAAUAUAUUUAAACCAGAGCUGGAUUUUUGUGAUAUAGACCCACUGAUAAUCUUGUCCAGACCCUCUCAGUAAGAAGGUCAUAGGAAUGUGUUAUUCUUUCACAGUUUUGGGGAGCUAGACUCAUUUUAACAUGUUUUCAUUUAGCAGACGCUUUUCUCCAAAGUGCCGUGCAUCUCAUACAAAAGACCCUCAAUCCUUUUUCAGACCCUAAAUCCUCAAAGACAUUCCAAGAAUAUAAUCUUGAAUGAGGAGUGAGAAAAAAGGCACCAUUGUAUCAUACAUUACUUAUUGGUCAAGGCAUCAAUGCCUGCAGCAAAUACAGAAAGUGAAUAAAGGCUUACUUUAUGGCAUAAACGGUAAUAACCUCUCACUACAUAAACCAGUUCACAUCAAAACCAGAUUCCUGCACCUUUGCCAAAUCUUGCUCACUAUUACAGUAUAUUCUUUUAAUAGCGACAAGAAGUACAAUAAGUUUUAGCUUCACAAAGCAGUAAUGGUUUAUCCCUAGUUUGUAGUUAUUGUUUAGCAACUAGGUUUUGAGCAGUUGUUGGAGAGCACACUUCAAGUUUACCGAAAGACUAUUUUUUUGGGAUGGACACGUUUUAGCGAGAAAGCCUUCAGGGUACCUGUAUGUAACAAAAUGAAUACCGUGUAUACACUUCUAAAGUCAAUAAAACGGGAAGCAAUGUCAGACUUGAUGGACUGACAAAUAUAAAGCAGUGGUAGGGGGAUUGCCAAAAUAAACAUUAAAUACAUCACAUUAAAUAAAGAACCGGUAAGUAGAGAAUCAGAAAAAUACAGAUGCAUACAUAAAACAGAUUGAUUUAAAUGAAAGAAUCACCAGAAAGGAACAUAAAAGUGAAAAUAAUAAAAGAAGAAAAAAAUGAAAAGGCCAACUGAUUAAGAAUAGGAUCACAAAAAACUGUAUAGAGACAGUUGUUCAUUAAGGCCAUUUUGGUGCAGGGUAUUCGAGUGAAUAUACGAAGCCUGUCUCCGUAGCUGACAGCAGCCCUUCUUGAGAGUUUAUCUCAAUGCUCAUUAAACAAACGGCUCAAAUGCCAUGUCCAAUAGCAUUCUAGAAGUAUCUAUAAACAAAGUAAAUUCAAGUCUGUGUUUUAAAUAGUGCUCUCCCAUAAUUUCUCAAAAUUUUUUAUACAGCAGGGA